AAAAAAAUAAAUAAUUAAAAAAAAUAAAAUCCACCGAACAUCUCUCUCUGAUCUGUGAGCAUUCAUUAGAAGCUCAUAUGAAUCUUCACUUGCAACUUGUUCAACAGAAAUUCCAUUGCGAUCUCGGAGAAAUGCAGGGGACGCGGCCUGGUUCGAACUGAAAUGCAGUCCAACUCGCUGCCCUUCUCUCUGAUUCCACUCGCGUUGUUCAAUGGCGUUGAAUUGAGCGAAGGCGGGUUUGAGCUUUCCAGGUAUUUGUUCUUGGGCUCCCUGCUCUUCUCAUCCCCAGGCGGCGGUGCCGGAGACAUGGACUUGACUAAGGUCGGAGAGAAGAUCCUCAGUUCCGUUCGCUCUGCCCGAUCCCUUGGCCUUCUCCCAGCUCCGCCUUCAGAUCGCCCUGAGCACAAGCAGCAGCAGCGGCAGCUGCUGCACGUGUUCUUGCUGGACUACCUCCACAUCAAAGGCAUAAUCUCUCAUCAAGCUCUGAAGAAUUAAGUUCAAUAUAUGGGAGCAUAUCUCCCCGCCAAAUGUUAGAUGAUCUCGAGGAAGAAUUUUAUGAUGAGGAUUUUGAUCCGGUAAGACAUGUUUUGGAGCAUAUUCCAACUGAUGAUAAUGAAAUGAUAUAUUUUGAAGAAAAGGCUGCUUUUAGAUUAGCACAACUCGAUAGAAUUGCUGAACGCCUUUCACGCCAUGUUAUGGAGCACCAUGAAGUCAUGGUGAAAGGAAUGAAUCUUGUUAGGGAACUGGAAAGAGACUUGAAGGUUGCAAAUGUUAUUUGCAUGAACGGGCGGAGACACCUUACAUCGUCAAGGAAUGAAAUAUCAAGGGAUCUUAUCGUGCACAGGAAUUCUAAAAAGAAACAAGCACUUUUGGU